CUUAAAAUUCAAUAUAGGAGUGACUUGGUAGAACUCCAUUCCCUAACUAUGAAGAAAAGUAGUAUUCCUUUCCUCUUGGGCAUCAUCUUCCUGGUUCUGUUUGAAGUUCAAGGAGCCCCAAUAAUGAGGAAUGACCGUUGUUCCUGCAUCAGUACUAGCCAAGGGAAAAUCCACCCUAAAUCCUUAAAAGACCUUAAACAAUUUGCCCCAAGCCCUUCCUGUGAGAAAACUGAAAUCAUUGCUACAAUGAAGAAUGGGGAUAAAGCAUGUCUAAAUCCAGAUUCAGCAGAUGUGAAAAAAUUGGUGAAAGCAUGGGAGAAAAAGGUUGGUCAGCCAAAGAAAAAGCAAAAGAAAGGGGGAAAACAAAAAAUCAACACAUUUCUAAAAGCUAAAAAACCCCAACAUCCUCGUCAAAAGAAGACUACAUAAGAGACGGCUUUACCAUUAAGUACUUUGUAUUAAAAUGGUUUUUUUAAGUAUACUGAAAUAAUGCCAAGAGGGGAUGACCUCUAAUACAUUGGCAUAUCAGCUUGACUAGAAAAUCUAAAGUAUUGUUUUGAAAAUGUAACUAAAGCUAGAAAGUUGAUUGUAAAACCAAAAUAUUAAGACUUGUUAGAGGCAACAGUUGUCUUUGUUCUACCCACAAUCAACUGAAUUUCAUCAUGUUUAUGACCAUGAUCUCAGUAACACCCGCAUCUGGACAAGCAUCCCACACAAACACAUCCCACACACAACUGCCUGGGCUUCCAGGGCCACAAACUGCAGCCUCCAGAGAGUAAUCUGAGGUACAUGUCAGCAAACCCCAAGCCUGUCCACAUGCCUGUGAGUCAGGCAGUUUGGAAUUGAGCUGGACCUCAUCAAGCUGCCAUGGCUUUCAGCAUCUGCUUUGAAUCAACCUGCAGGCCUUACACACGUGUCUAAGGGAUCCACGCUGUUUCUUUCUGAGGAUCCAUCACUAGAGAUCACCAGAGCUUACCUUUCAGAACCUUCUAUCUGGCUUUGGGGGCUUUUUCUGAUUCAAUCUUGCCUGCCCAAACAGACCACGCUAUUUCUUAUCAUUACCCUUCGCUUUAUUCAAGUCAAUUCUUCACUAUCUUGCCACAAUUUAUUACCUGCCUUCUCUCCACUACACAAAUCAUGCUCUCAUUCAUGAAACUCAUUCACCUCAGUGUGCUCUUUUCCCUCUAUACUCCACAGGAAUGCCUUCUUCUUCCUGCUUAUCUCUACUUGAUCACAGUCUUCAAGGCUCAGUUCAAGUCCUGCCUGUUAAAUAAAACCUUUCUGGAGGGUUGGGAGUAUAGCUCAGUGGUAGAGCACUUGCCUAGCAUAUGUAAGACCCUGGGUUUGAUCCCUAGCACUGAAAAAAUAAGUAAGUGAAUUUUCAAAAAUCUUUCUGAAUACUCAAAUCAUCAUAAACUCCUAUUUCAUGUGUGUUUAGUACCAUAUGGAGGAUCACUUAAUUGUUAUCUAAUUGAUUUUUGUACGUCUAUUUUCUCUAUUCAACCAGAUUGUCAGCUCCUUCAGGGCAGUCACAGCUUACUUCCUUGAGUCUGCUGCCAUGCCUAAAAGACUGUGGAGCUGGGUUUUGAAUAAUUUACUAAUCGUAGCUGUUAUGGGUAGGAAGGCAGUCAGAUCAUCCUCUCAAAGAAAGUAGGGUUUUUCCUGGCUACUCCAGUGUCCAACCUUGGUAACCUCUUUUACUCAUUAUCUUCUGGCCAUUAAUCACUGCAGGAAACAAGAUGAAGUAACAUCCUUGUUUAUUAUAACAGGAUGUUAACUUGGCCUCUCUAACAAAUAAGAAGCACACGGUUCAAACAUUUGUGAAUAUUCUGGACUAUUUUUCCAGAGCAGUUCAUACAUAUGUGACAUCUAGAAUCAUAUAAUCUUAUAAUGAAAAACAGCUUUAGAGAUCAUCCAGUGUGGUUGGGGAUGUAACUAAGUGGUCAGGUGCUUGCCUACUAUGCACAAGGAAUGGAAUUUGAUCCCCAACACUGAAAAACAAGAGGAGAGAGAGAGAGAGAGAGAGAGAGAGAGAGAGAGAGAGAGAGAUAGAUAUCAGUCAGUGACCACCCUUUUGCCACCAAUACAAAAAUUCCUUCAAUACCAUUCCUUACAAGUUCCAAUUUUCUAUGGUCUAAAAAGAUAGCCACCAAGAUACUUCUGAAAACUAAUUUAAGGCAAAAUGAAUUCCAUUGCCAGGUGACCUUGUGUUAGAAUUCACAAGUUUUGUGAUUAUCAACUACCACACCAUCUUUCAUGAAGAAAAGGAAUGAAAAGACACUAAGAGCCAGUGGGAAGAGUGAAUUUUGUUAGUGGAGGCAUGUUUGGUGUUUAGUUGGCUUCUUUGAGGCUGAGAAAUCUCUGAGAGUAUGUUCAGUGAUUUGAAUAGGAGAGGAUGUCUGGUCAGAAUUUAAGCCUAUACUCACCUUCCAAGAUAUUGUCAUUCUUCAUACUGCAGAUGAUUUUGAGUGCUGCCCAGUCAUGAUCCCACUUAAACAUCUUUAUCUAAUCAUGAAACUCUGUAGGUCCUUCCAUGUAAUUUCUCUGAAAAAAUAUAAAAAUGUUCCAUAUUUUGAGUCUGUGACCCAGUUACCUAGCAUCUCACUGGUAAUGUGGACAGUGUAUAACUAAUAACCAAAGACUACCUAUUUUCAAUAAAUAUCCAUGAUAAAUGUAUAUAUUCCCAUAUUCUAAUAAUUCAUCAUUUAUACAUGUAUAUAUUCUAAAUAAAUGAUGUUUAAAUUGAAAGCAGUAUUGACAUAAAAUACUUUGUACUUUGAAAUAUUUUCUUUCUUAAAAGACAAUAGGAUCAACAAAUAGACCACUGAUUGGAAAAUAAAUCUUGGUUUUUUUUUAAUGUCACAAACAUGCCCUUUAACAAUUGCAUGCUUCACAGUAAUCUGCUGUGUCCUUAUUCAUUUACUUUUUAUUUUUCAUCUCAUGACAUGUAACAGUAAUUAAAAUAGACAUGAACCCAAGUAUGGUGGCACACUUAAGUAACCCAAUGAUUCAGGAGGCUGAGGUAGGAAGAUUGCAAGUUCAAGGAUGGCCUGGGCAAUUUAGUGAGACCCUAUCUCAAACAAAAAAUAAAGAAGGACUGGGAAUGUAGCUCAGUGG